CAGGAGCCGCAGCAGCAGCCACCAAGUCAGCAAAUCCACCAAAUCCAAGUCCAAGCCAAAAUGUUCGCUCUCGUAUCGCUUUUCAUCCUGGGCGUUGGAGCCGCCGCCGCCAUCGAGCUUCCCAUCUACCACUCACCCGCGGCCAUUGUGAAGCCACUGCUGAAGACCGUGGAGGUGGAGGCACCUGCCCACUACGACUUCGCCUACUCGGUGCACGACGAGCACACCGGCGACAUCAAGAGCCAGACGGAGUCGCGGAAGGGUGACCAGGUCCAGGGUCAGUACACGCUGGUCGACGCCGAUGGCUAUCUGCGCACCGUGGACUACACUUCGGAUGCCCACAACGGGUUCAAUGCGGUGGUGCGUCGCGAUCCCCUGGGCCAGAAGGUGAUCAAGGCUGCGCCGAUUGCCAAGCUCCUGGCUCCCGCACCACUGCCACUGGCCUAUGCGGCACCCAAGCUCCUCGCGCCCGCCAAACUGCCCCUCGGCCUUUACCAUUAGGUUCUGGGCAGGAUUGAUCGAGAGAGAUAGCAAACACUGACUUCAUCGCAUCGACGACGACCCAUCCGCAUCCGCAUCUGUAUCUGAACCAUUACUAUUACUACCCAAACACCUCGUAUCAUAUCCAGCUUACUCUGAUCUUCCUUCCUAUCUUCUGAUCCUAUUC